AUUCCACCAUGUCAAGACAAACUACUCUCGCCGACUACUUUUCCGGAGUACCCGAGGCAUCUUCGAACCGCCAACCAAGAGAAUCCCACUCGCCAUCUCAAAACAAUGCCCCAUCUUCCUCGUUUUCAUCCCAAGCCUCCUCUCCUUGGCCGCCUGACUCUGAUCAUGAAGACGAGAGUGGAAUAGGAGGCAUGGUCCGCAUGGAAGGGCAAGGAAGAGGAAGGGGAAUACCAGAUGGACGACGAGAAGGACGACCAGAAGGACGAGGACGUGGCAGAGGCCACUGGGGAGAAGGUCGAGGAGAAGGUCGGGGAGGAAGAGGACGAGGUCGAGGUCGAGGUCGAGGACGAGGAAGAGGAACCAAUCCUCGAUACGAUGCCCGUCCCGCCUCCCGUCGCGGCAACGCAGAACUCGCCGCCAUCUGCAAAGAAACCCGCUCCGUCCUCCCCGACAUCCUUUCCCAUUUGCCCAACAUCAACGCCACCGUCUCGGAAUGCCUCCACCUCGACACCCUACCCCGUCUUUCACCGCAAAACUGCCCCCGCCAUCCACCCACAACCACCCGCAUCGUCGACGCCGACACCAUCAACGCCGCCCUCGACCUGGCCGCUUCCCAAAACGUCUCCGUCUCGUCAUCCCCCUCCUCCCGCAUCGCCAUCCUCAACCUCGCCUCCGACCGCGUCCCAGGGGGCGGCUGGCGCAAAGGCUCCCUCGCCCAAGAAGAAGCCCUCUGCUACCGUUCCUCCCUCUCCCUCUCCCUCCACCAGCGCUACUACCCCUUCGACUCGCCCCUCAUGGGCCUCUACACGCGCGACGUGGUCGUCAUCCGGGGCGACAUGGCAUCGGGCCACAAACUCCUCGUCCCCGACGUCGCCGCGUCGGACCUCCCCGUGCUCAGCUGCCUCAGCGUCGCGGCCCUGCGCCGCCCCCAAGUCAGGGAAGCGCGGGUCACGACGACGACGACGACGACGGUUGCGGCGGGCGAGACGGUUCACGCGCGCAGGGUCGAGUUUGCAAGGGCAGGGGACAGGGAGGCCACGAAGGGGAAGAUGCGGCUUUGUUUGCGCAUGGCGGCGAGUCGGGGACAUGGGUCGCUCGUGCUGGGGGCGCUUGGUUGCGGGGCUUUUGGGAACCCGCCGCGCGAGGUGGCGGUGUGUUGGAGGGAGGUGCUGGGGGAGCCUGAGUUUUCGGGCGGUUGGUGGAGGGCUGUUGUUUUUGCGGUGUUGGAUCUCAAGAGGGAAGGGAAUUUCGAGGUGUUUGAGGACGUUCUGGGUGGGAUGCAGGUGUAAGUCAUUGAUCGACGCCGUGACACGAAGGCUGCGAUUAUAUCUCACAGGGAAGUUCUUUAUGGUACGCCUCGAAACCCCUGGUCAUCGUGAUGCGACCCCUCACCAUCUCACGCGUCACAACAACACAGCAGAACUCACCAGCCGCCAGUUUAGUCUCUCCGAAACCAGAAGACAUUUGUCCUACCGUCUACCUUCCACCAAACCAGACUUAUGGGCAGAACUCUGGCUCCGCUCAUUCCUACUCGCACGGAGGCCUUGGCGAGUCGACCUCGGUCUCAGGCCCGGCUUGAGCAUACCUCAUCAAUAAUGCCUUUACGAGCAUCGGACCAGACAAACCAUACAACUCCUCUCCUUCUCGAACUCGUCGGUACUACAUAAUGUUUCACUCUCUGCAUACCACCCCCC